UCGCCUCUGCUGCUGGGGGAGCGCUCGGGAGAUGCUCCUGCGGCGUUAGCUCCACCUGGGUGCCAGCCUGAAACCCGCUGCGGGCGCCUGGCUCCCGGUGCCUCGUCCCGGCAGGCAGCCGCCGAGCUCCCGUCUCCCUGAGCAGCAGGAGUUGGAUUCCCUCCCUGCAAACCAGGGCAAAGCUGAGCUGGGGCUGCGGCCGGAGAAACGCCCCCCAGGACCAGACAGAUAUUUCUCUGCCCCACUCCCAUAAACAAAGAAAGAUGAGAACUCAUUUCAUCUGAGUUUUACCUGCCCCUUGAACAACGGCACCAUGGAUCUGGCCUACGAGCUGCCCAACGUCACCGAGUUCUGGUUCUCCUCAGCCUCCCAGUUCGACAACUUCUCCACGGAGAUGUCUGCCAACGCCUCCCAGAACACUACGGGGCAGCAUUUUGACCUGACCAGCAACGCCAUCCUUACCUUCAUCUACUUUGGGGUGUGCAUCAUAGGCCUGUGCGGCAACACACUGGUGAUCUACGUCAUCCUCCGCUAUGCCAAGAUGAAGACCAUCACCAACAUCUACAUCCUGAACCUGGCCAUUGCAGAUGAGCUUUUCAUGCUGGGGCUGCCGUUUCUGGCCAUGCAGGUGGCUCUGGUUCACUGGCCCUUCGGCAGAGCCAUCUGCCGGAUUGUCAUGACGGUGGACGGGAUCAACCAGUUCACCAGCAUCUUCUGCCUGACCGUCAUGAGCAUUGACAGGUAUCUGGCUGUAGUCCACCCCAUCAAAUCCGCCAAGUGGAGAAGGCCCAGAACGGCCAAGAUGAUCAACGUGGCCGUGUGGGGCAUUUCCCUUCUCGUCAUUAUGCCCAUCAUGAUUUAUGCUGGGAUCCAAAACACCCAUGGAAGGAGUAGCUGCACCAUCAUCUGGCCAGGCAAGUCCAGCGCAUGGUACACAGGGUUCAUCAUCUAUACCUUCAUUCUGGGCUUCCUGGUGCCCCUCACCAUUAUCUGCCUUUGCUACUUGUUCAUCAUUAUCAAAGUCAAGUCCUCUGGGAUCAGAGUGGGCUCCUCCAAGAGGAAAAAAUCAGAGAAGAAAGUCACCAGGAUGGUCUCCAUCGUAGUGGCAGUCUUCAUCUUCUGCUGGCUUCCCUUCUACAUAUUUAACGUCUCCUCUGUCUCCGUCUUCAUCACUCCCACACCCUUCCUGAAGGGUAUGUUUGAUUUCGUCGUGGUUCUCACCUAUGCCAACAGCUGUGCCAACCCCAUCCUCUACGCCUUUUUGUCCGACAACUUCAAAAAGAGCUUUCAGAACGUUCUCUGCCUGGUAAAGGUCAGUGGCAUGGAUGAUGCAGACAGGAGCGACAGCAAGCAGGACAAAUCCAGGCUAAAUGAGACCACAGAAACUCAAAGGACUCUGCUCAAUGGUGACCUUCAGACAAGCAUCUGAGAGGACUCCAGGAUUGCCCUUCUCAGCUGUCCUCUUUCCUCCUCCUCCCCACUCCUUUAUAUGGCAGUAGCACAUAGCAAGUCAGGUUAAGAGUACUUGGUCUUUGUUUGCUUGUCUUAGGGGAUGGUAAUGCAAGGAUGGGGGCCUGUGCCAGGAGUAGCCUUUCAGCAGAAGGCAGGUUGGUUUUGAGUAUUCAGAAAGAUGCUGCUCAAAUACAACUUCAUACAUGGAAAAAACAGACAUACACACCUGUGUUUAAACAUAUAACAUGAGGUCAUUGGCCAAAUUCAUUCCUGCUGCAACUGCAUUGGUUGCACUGGUGUUACCCCCAGGGAUGUGUUUGGACAUACAGAACACAUUCACACCCAUGUAAAUGGGCAAAUUCAGUAGAGUUGCACAUGUGUAACUGAGGCAUUUCUGCUGGACUUGGUUACACAUACCAACAUGCUCCAUACAGCAUAGAUCACAUAUGUCUAAACAGAGCUAUUCGUGUCUGCUUCUUUGCAAAUCAGGAGACUUAGCUGAAAAUGAGAGAGAGAGAGAGAGAGAGAGAGCACGAGUGACAGCGAGCGGUCUUAAGAAUCAGAGCGCGCACACACUGAGAUCCUCCACUAGGACAUGAAGAAUAUUUCAUUUUAUUACCCAGCUAGUAACAUUUUAUUUUUUUAAGAAUGAAUCUCCUGAAGCUCCCCUAGUUUUAUUAGACUAUUACUGUAUUUGUUUACAAGUUGCUUUUCCUGCCACCGGAGAAGCAACAGAUCAGAAUGAAAGAAACCACAGCAGAAAGAAAAUAUCCCAGCCCCAGUACAGUAUGUGUGUGAGAGAGAGAGAGAGGAUGGACAGAUAGACUCCUAAGAGAUUUGGAACCCAAUUCCCAUUAAAAUUGAUGCCUUGAGGCAGCCUGGAAAAUCUCAGUUUAUAUACACACUGUGCAGUCAGAUACAUGGGGUGGUAUGUACGUGAGCAGUUAUAUUUGUGGUGCACCUUUGAUCACCUGGACUCUGCCCACCAGUCCAUCUAUCCAGUGUUACUUCUCACCUCCCAGACCUUAGAGCAGCUUCAAAUACAGCCACCUUCCCUCCCCACACCCCCUCACUUAAAUCAACUUGCCAUAAAAAAGCUUUUCUCCUCUCCCUCAAAUGUAUGUUUCCCUUCUUCCACCUGAAAUGAACUAUAAACACUGCUCCAAAGGGCGGCAUAGCCAUCUUCAGUCCUGGGCUAGUGGUGGGUCCCCAUAGUCACACAGCCGUUGCUUUUCUGUUGUUUUCCUCUAGUAGAAUAUGUCAGGGACUUUUAGCGAGCGGCUGACUGAGAGGCAUCAGAGAUUAGUAGCAGGAUCCUUCCCAUGGAAAGUACCUGCAAGUUUUUAAUCUGCAGAGACACACACAGAUUCUGAGUGCCGCUCAGUUCUAGUGUUCAUGAUGCUGGGACUGAAACAGCUACCAGAAUAUUGCUGAGGUGUAUGUGUGCUUUGUGUGGUGUUAUUACAUAUACACACACUCUCUCUCUCUCUCUCGAAUCUGUUGGCUUUCUCUCUGUGGCUGCUCAGUGAGGCCUUUAAGUCCCACGUGCAUGUUUUCGGUUGAUGUUCCUGGCGAAGGCUGGCUAGCAAGACAAGGUGGAUGCUUUACUUUGUCAUUGCUCUGAGCAUGGAUGUUUCUGACGCCGCAGAUGUUGUCUAAAGAAGGUACCAAGUGAGAGGCUAAGGGACAUUUGACAGCUCUGUCUAAAAUACUGACAGAUGCCAGGCAUGGUUGGUGUGUGCUUGGUUCUAAAAUUUAGUUACCAUUGGAGAAUGGAGGGGUGGGUUUGGAUUCUGGGGGAAUGAGCUGUGAUACUGCCGGGCCAAAUUUUCUUCUCAGUUACAGUGGUGUAAAUCUAGCCUAACUCUCUUCUGAAAGCCGAGCACAGCUUCUCCACACCCGUGAAGGCAGCUGUAAAGUGCUUGGGGGAGUCUGGAGCCAUGGUGCCAAGAUCCUAUGGCGAUAGAUGUAAAUACGUCAGCUGGUCAGCGAGGAUCAUAUGCUGGAGGCUAGAGCAAAUGGUAAUUGCUGGGUUCACCUGUAGAGAAAUCUACUGAUGCUAAUCAGAUCUGCUCCUCACCCCCAAUCCACCCCGUCUGAGUGACUUUAGGAAAUAGGGAAACCCUGCCAAUAGAGAAACCCUGCAGGGUCUGAUUGGGGGGAAAACAGAACAGACAUUUUUUUCUUUAAACUGCCAGUAGGUCUCCAAUUGCACUUGUAUAACUAGCAACCUAAACCUGGGCUCUUGUGACGUGGUGCUUUCAGGAGAAGAGGAAGCCCUGGGGAGAUGGGAGUGACCUCUUUUGAAGCAGCAAGGGGAGCUGAAUGUUUGUUCUCCAGGGCUGCGGAGUGCUAGAAAAACGACGGCUGCAUUACGGCCUUAUAGAUUUUGGAGGGCAAGUAUGUAAAUCACAUUUUCUGGAGGAAGAAAGCUCAUCGGGUACACAGCCAGGCCUCCCUCCAGCUCUCACCUUGUUCUCUAGUCAGCCCGAGGCAUUUUGGUGGUGCUUGUCAUCCUAGUGGCUGAAAGCUUUACAAAUGAUUCCCGCCCCAUUUUACAGAUGAGGAAACCGAGCCCUGCAGAAGUUAAAGCCAGUGUUUUCCAGCGUUGUUUCUCACUGGGCUGACUCCCAUGCCCUGGAUGCUGACGUGCCUCAAGCCGGGCACUCAAAAGUGAAAGCAGCCCAGCUGAGUGGGAAUCGUUUGAAAACUUUGGUUGCGGCCGUGCCCAUGCUCCCGCUGGGAGCCUCCCCACUCCCAGUCCUGUGCCUCAAAUACAAGGUUUCUCCCCCCUCUCUUUGCAGCCAGCCCUGAUCCUUCCACCUAGCACCACGCCUCCAAAGCCCACAAGUGGCAUUCAGUGCUACAGGCCGUAUUCCCUAGAACCCCACCCCUUGAUUCCCUCUGGGCACGGUCAUUUACAAGAGUGCAAAAUCAGUGCAACGGGGUGGACAGAGCUCCUCAGCCAGCCUAGGAACCAUUUACACUGGGGUCAAUAGCUGUACGAGGAGGAUCUGGCGCCUGGGUGCUAACUAGCUAGGUUAGUGUUCUGCUGGUGCAAAGCAGAGUUUUGUACAGUUGCUUCCAUCAGAUGAAUGUCCCCUUCAUUUGUUUUGAACCAGAAUCUUGAUAUAUUCCCCUCUCCGCUCUGUUAAAUUUACAUUUAACACCUGCUCAGGCAUGAAACUCUGCCCUCAGUUAUCAAUAUGCAACCCCAUUGCUUUCAGAGGGGGUAAUCGACAUCUGGGCUCAUGCGUGUAAGCAAUAUCUGCCCCCUCGCCCCAGCUGUCUUUUCAAACACAGGACAGAGAACAAGAAAUUUCACACACACACAAACACACCCCCGCACCUUUAGCUUGUUGCUGGCCAGGUGGCAAGGCCCCUGUUUUAUCUCUGGGCUGUCUGAGGUAUGCUGCAAAUGCCAUUUUUAUAAAGAGGAAGUAAAUAUUAACCAAGGCUUUGCAACAACAAAAAAUAAAAUAUACUAUUGAUGCUCCGGGGAUUAAAAACAAGAGGAACAUGUCACAUUAAAAUGAAAUAUGGUGUCGUGAUUGCCAGGCUUGAUGCAGCCGGGAGCCCUUUGUUAGGUGCCAGUUUAGUGUUACAGCAUUGGCAGGGCACCAGCUCAACGGGAGAUGUGAAUAUAUCGUGGGUAGCGUGGGAGUUAUUUGUAUGGAAAGAAAGUAGCGGUGGGGAGAGAGAGGUCUGCUUCAAAAAUCUCUCUCCUGAUGAAUAUUUGCAGGACUUCUCCCGCAGAAACCUACAGCGCAGCUUUAUCCCGGAGCCUGCUGGCCACAUGUGCUGUGUAGCAGCACUCAGCCCCGUCUACACGCAGAAAUGGCACCUCUUGGACUUAUGUCGUUUCUUAAAAGCAUCAGUGGAAAUGCUGGGAACUCGCUUCUUUUAGUGUCAAUGGGACUUACAGCAGCUUAGUUUACACCUGCUCCCGGUUGACUUAGACCAAUCCAAAAUGAGUCUCCUGGUUUUAACUAAAAUAGGAGCAUACCCGUGGCCGGUAGCACGUUUGGUUUAAAUUCACACCUCAGGGUUAAACCCAUGCAGCUUGCUGGUGUGGACGUGCGCUGAGUGGCAGAGAAGGGAAGGAGGUGGACAGAGCUGGCUAGUUGUAACGUGUGCCCAGAAGUCUAGUCUAAGAGCAAAACCUUUUGGGAAGUUAAAUGUUUGGCUACUUCAUGCUGUACAAACGAUGCAGCUGAGCUUCUGCUCCUGGGAACUGCUGUUCAGUUAAGGCCAACUUUUUCCAGAAGAGGCCUCGGUUGGGGGUGGGGGGCUCAUUUUUCUGGGGUCCCCACUUGCUCCUGGCUUUCAGAAGGGCUGAGCACCCACAGCUGCAGCUGAUGUCACUGGGUGCUGAAAGUCAGCCUGGCCCCAAGAACUGAGGUCCCACUUUUUAAAAGGUUGGGCCUUAAUGAGGAUGAAUUAAUGAAGCUCCGUUUGUCCCCCAGACACACUUGAGGCAAGAGAAACUGUCCAUGAAAUUGUUUGGGCCUGAUCUGGGACCCCUAAAUUCACCUGUUUAGUCUAUCCCGAGGGAAUUUUUACUGCCUGGGGAGAGAGCUGGUUUGACUUCCUUCAAAUUCUUCCCAAAAAGAUUCUGCAUGGCACAUGCUUGCAAUUAAGCAACAGCAGUUCCAUCGCUGAUGUGUCUUACCCACUUGAUUUUCAAGGGAAUUUGUCCUGACAGAUGGUACAUUCAGAAAAGCCUGGUGUGCCCCCAGCAAGUGAGAUUAACCAGGAGAUUUACAGCAGGCGUGUUGAUUUUGGCAGUCUUGUGUCGGUGUGCGGGGGGGAAGUGGUGGUGUUUUUUCACACAUUGCACUUCCCCCAGGGCUCAUUAAUGAGGUAAAUUAAAACUCCUCUUGGUUCUAGUUGAGGUUUAUUGUGCUCUGCUACCGCAGCCCCAAGGAUAUUGGGAAGCAGCGAGAGAACCACUAACACCAUCCUUCCCAAUGGUGGUUUCUUUCGCCUAUCCAGCAUGGGCCCGAUCCUGCACUCCUAUUUGGUUAUAGGUGCUUUGUUUAUUGUAGGGUUGCUUGUGAGUGCUGUGUUGCAUGCAUUGCUUUGUUUAUUGUCAGGAAUGCUGGGCAGCACAAGCGGGUUUGGUUACCGUGGGGUUGCUGGCGAGUGCCCGUUGGUUCUCGUCGGGAAUGCUGGGCAGCACACGUGGGUUUGGUUACUGUGGGGUUGCUGGCGAGUGCCCGUUGGUUCUCAUCGGGAACACUGGGCACUUAACCCUUGCGCGGUGUGCUGCCACUCCAAAGUGCUGUCUGAACAUUAACCAGGCCCUACCAUGCCAGGGAGGUAACGCUCAUUAGCCCUGGGUUUCAGAGGGAGGGGAAACCGAGGCAGAGAGGUUGAGUGACAUGAUAGGACGGGGUCCCUGAAACACCUCGGGGUUGACACAGUCGCAGUUAAGCCAUGAGGAGUUUCAUGCGGGCAAGCACGUUGCGAGAGGUGCAGCGUUUUCGGUUCGAGGAGGACAGAGGGACAGACAGCCAUCCAGUAGGUGCUAGAGUAGCUGAGCAAGGUGCUGAAUGCCGCUCAUUGGUGGGUGAGGGCACUCAGCACCUGGCAGGAUAAAGCCUUGGUAAGCGAGAGAGAGAACCUGCAUGCCCCCUCCUUUGUUAAUCAUAGUGCAAGGUCUCCAUUUCACUUAGCCAGGCGGGUGCUAAUAAUCCCACUGGGGAGAAGGGGCACUUGGCAUCUUCAGCCAAGUCAGUGUCACCUUCCUACAGCCUCUCCCUGAUUCUCCAGGCCCUACCUCUCUGCUCUGGUCUUUCUCAGUUCCCUGUCAUUGAUGGGGGGACCCAUCACCCCCCAACUCGCUCCCAUGUAUGGUAUAGGCCCAGAGUUCAAAACUAGCCUUAAAACUUGCCUGCUUAGUUAUUGGUUUAUCUGGGUGGACCCUGUGGGAUCCCAAACCACCCGGGUUUUCCCAGGCCCCACAUUGGGAGCACUUGUCCUGGUUGAGGAUGAGCCCGCUGAGUGCCACCUACCCACCUCCUUGGCUGAGUGAGGUCGCUUGAGCGCCACCUCUGCCCCUCCCUCACCCAAGGGCUCAGCAUGCUGGCUUAAUAGUCCCUAAGCCCAGCAAUGCAGCACUCAAACGCAGAACCUAGCACAAGGGACCUCACUCUGACACUAGGCCAGCGUAGCAGAGCUGUGCCUCAAUUACACCCUGCUCUGUUGCCUGGUUCCUUCCGUUUCCAGAAGGUUUUCCUAGAGAUUUGCCCGGAGGAGUGCAAAUUGGAGGAGACUGAUUUCCAGCACCAGUCGAUGGAAUCCCCUUGCUAUGUCAGUGUCCUCUCCUCUGCCCUGUGGCGGUAAAAAGCUCCUCCACACUGUUGCAGAGAACGAAUUCCCUGUCCACUCAUUUUAAGCUUGUUCUCUACCAAGAUUAGCACAUGCAGCAGCAAGAGUUACAUGCCCGUGGUCGCCCGUGCUGUGAUCUCACGCAAGUUGCCCAUCCAUGUCUCACACCAUAGCUGUGGUUUAUUUGAAGGAUCAUCCAAAUAAUGAUUCAACUGGGAACAAUAUGUAUGUAUGUAUCCUGUUACAGUCAGGAAGGCCUUGGUCUAAAAGCGAUCAGUUUUAUAACAAGGCAGUAAAAAAAGGAAACAAGUAGCUGCAGCAGAAAACACAGCCUGAGAUCCAGGCCAGUCCUCGGGUAGUGAAUGUGAGGUGUGAUGCCCCAAAUUCCCUUCCGUGUCUGCCAAACACCUAUUUUUGCAUCCUUCGUCCUCUGCAAGAGGGGGUGGUGCUAACCCCUUGUUUCCUGGUACAGCCCUUUUGCAAUCAGCUUGAAUAUAGUAGCUUCACACAGGUUAAAAAUUUGGGAACAAAAUGGCUCCCAGAAGGUGGCGAUACCUGAACUACCCCUCACUCAGCCAUUUCCCAUGGAGAAUGUUAGAAAUACUUUGUGUGGUUCCCCACAGAAAGGUCCCUGCAGGCACUAGCAAAGCGAUGCAGUGGCCCUAGGAGCUUUGGAAUCGUGGAGAAUUCAGCUCCACCUCUGGGCUGCAGCCCCGUGGGACUACAGCGUAGUUGAGAAAUCAGGGCCCGCCAUUACAAGAGGGGCGAGUUCAAGUAGAUGUGUGCUUUCCUGUGUGCAUCAUUCCAAAAGGCCAGUGCACUUGCUUUGGCACUUCUGCUGCCCCGCCAUGCACUUUAGUACCUGUUUUAUCUUCUCAGUCCCACUGAAGCAUAACCCGAGUCACUCAAGGAGUAAAGUCCCCUAAUCAGACAAAGGCCCUGGCUCUCCCCUCCUUUAAUCCAGUGUAAAUCAGGAGUAAGUACGAAGCCAAACAGGUUACACCUGUUUGUCACCAUGUUCAAUGGGUUUUAGAUCAGGCCCUUAAGUCAGUGGGAAGGGUCCGGCAGAAUUAGGCUCUAAAUCCAGUGUGCCUACACUAUUAUUUUAACCUGAGCUGUCAUUCUCUGCCCAAAGGACAGCCGAUGACAAUGACCAAGUCUCUUGCUUCAUCCCUAUGGUUUUUUGAUUCCCUGGGCCCACAUUCCCAUUGACUGCCCAUUCACUCCAGUGUCAGGGAGAGCAGGAGCAAGUCCGCUGGGUUUACAUUGGCGUGAGGACAUACAUCCCCUGUUCCAAGGAGAAAAAGCUCUGACAGAAUCUCCGAAAGCCCUGACUGCUGCAGUGAUUCUUCCCCAUUCUAGCUGUGGGGCUGGUUGAGAGGAGAGAAGGGGUGUAUAUACAGUACAUAGCAACACAUUUUAUUAUUAUUGUAGCAAUGAGACACGUGGGCAUUUUAUACCCCGCUAUUUUGCUGUUGUUCCAAGUGUAUGAGUCCACCCCUGCAUGUGUAGUGUUUGUGUGUGACGGUCAGACCCUCCUUGUGUGGUUCCAAUUAAUCCGUGUUGCCUUUGGACCCAGCCCUGCAAUCCUGGCUGGGAGGAACAGGCCUAUUGAACUUCAGCUGGACUAUGCUCUGGAGUAAGUGGAAUAACAGCUCUAGCCUCUCUGCUGAGUAAGGGCAGGGAAACCUUCUUUCACUCAGAACGAAACCUGUAUCCCUCAGCCCCCACCGGCUAUCUAUUUAUGUUCUCUAUGCGAUGUAUGUGUGUGUCGGUUGUGAUACCAGCUGUGACUUUGGGACUGUAACACCAGAAGUAAAGUGACUUUACUGGCU